AUGCGGCAGAUGAUCUCUAGCGAGCCUCUUCCGACUCAAGGCAACCGCCUGGAAACCAUUGAGGAAGAAUUUGCCAAGUCUGUCAAGCUAUCCAUCUACCACCGCGGUGCCUCGACUCCUGCUGAUCGGAUUAGGGCUCCUCAUGCCGUUAUGAAGAUGUUGCUCCAAUCUCCUUCACUCGAGAGACCAGUAGACGCGUACUAUGUGGAACGAGGGUGCAAAGGGACCAAGGCUACAGCCGCCGAGCGCACUACCUUCGCGGCUCUCGUAAAUCUUUCCAGGCCGCUUGUUCCCAAACGUCGGAUGCCAUGCUCGUCGGAAGAUCUCAAGACCAAGGAGAGAGUCGGCGGCUAUACAUACAAGGCAGAGGCGCAUAAGGCGUUGAGGGCGCAGUUCCUCGUCUUGGCGAAUGACUCGUUUGAUACUGGCCGCGAGGCUAAGAAGAAGAGGUCCCCUGCCGCUAUCGACCGGGUCCAAGAGCUGGCGGAGGAGGAGUUUACUAAGGCCGAGUUGAACCUGGAGGAGGCAGAGUCGAAGUUGAAGGUACUCCGGUCGGAGUUAGAACCCUUGCGGGAAGCGAGGGCCGAAUCCUCAUGGAACAAGAAGCGACUCGCUCGCCGCCGUCGACAGGGAGACAAGCACGCGAUGAUUUCCGUAGCAAGCUGGAUUCCUACCGGUCCAAACUAA